AUGUCUGAUAGUAAUGAUAACAACAACAACCCUAAUAAUAAACCCACUCCAUCUUCGUUGAAUGGGAUUCCAGAAUUAAAUAAUUAUUGUCAACUAUCACAUUAUCAUCAAGAGCUACAAACACAACGUCAAAAAUUCUUACUGGCAAAUAGCAAUAUUAAUAAAAAUAACCAUAACCCAGAUCCAAUUUUUAGUAAUUCCUCACCUAUAAGUUUAUUAUCACCACUAGACAACAUGCUAUCGCCAAGAGAUCAGCCCGUAAACAAAAUAACUCCAAAUUCAGAAGUUACCGAAAUUUCCACCAACACAAGCAUGAGAAAUACAUCUUUUUUUAACAAUGGCAAAUUGUCGUUUGAAAGACCGGCUAGUAUAUUAUUGCCCCCCAUAAUAAGCAUGGCUAAAAAAUCAAGUAUUGGCCAGUCUAUAGCCACUAACCCUGUAUCGAAAUCAGCAACUGUAGAAACGAACAGCUCAUCAAAACCUCAAUCCAAAAGAAAGUACUCCAGAAACGGAUGCACUCAAUGUAAAAAGAGGAGAAUGAAAUGUGAUGAAAGCAAGCCAAGUUGCUGGCAAUGCUCGAGAAUGAAAAGAGAAUGCAUUUAUAUACUUAAUCCCAAAAACAAAAAAAGAAAACAGAAGCAAUCCUCCGCUGACAUUAACAAAGAUGCCAAAAAAACAAAGGACAAAACGGUAAAAAAACAUGCAUUGGAGCAGCAACCUGUCAUUAAAGACCAACAAAACUUACCGGACGUAAUUACUACCCAUGAUUUGGAUUCCUAUGAUGUAAAUUUAUUGUUGCAAAAUUUGAAUGAUAUAGUUAACAUGAAAUUAAAUGAUUCCACGAUAGAUGAUCCUAUGAUGAGUUUGGAAAAUUUUGAUGUACCAGUUUUUGAUCUGAUGGGUGGAGACACUGUGACUAUGAAUUCCUCCUCUCUUUCUUCAGUCACAAGCCCAAAUAAUAACUUUAUUAAUGCAAAUUUGAAUACUAUAUCCAAGGGCGCAAACCCCUCCCAUCCCGUAAUACCAAUUUCGUUUCUAGUAGAUAAUCCUAUAACUUUUAACACUAAAUUGGAAUCAUUUAAACUAGGAGCUACACACGAUAAAUAUUUAAAAGUAUUUUAUUAUGACUGCAUGGAUUCAAUUGCACCGUUUUUCCAGGACCAGUCCAACCCAUUGCGAGACACAGUUCUAUCGUUUGCCAAAAAUGAAUCAUAUUUACUGUCUGCCAUUUUGGCAGUCGGCGCCUCAAUAACAUUCAAAAAAACACAGGAUAUUGAGGACGAAAAGUCUUAUUGUGCAUAUUUAACACAUUGCUUGAAUUUAUUGAGUGAGCAGUUCAAAAAUGAAAGCAAUGUUGUCAAUAAAUUAGAGCCAAUUAUCUUAACAGUAAUUAUGCUGGCAUGGGAUUGCAUCUAUACAAUGAAUAGUCAAUGGAGAUCGCAUUUGCAAGGCGUCACAGAACUAUUCAAGAAGAUAAACACCAAGUGCUCGUCCAAAGUUUUGAAUUUAGCCAAAUGCUGGUUUAAGGUGAUGGAAACAUUUGCCAGUAUAAGUACCGUUUUAGGCGGUGCCUUGGUGGACGAACUUGAUCUAGAUGUAAUUUUCGAUCCUUAUAAUUACCAAUAUUUAGAUUCCUUAAAGUUUUUGAAUGUAAUCACUCCGUUGAACGAAUUUAAUUUAAUCAGGGGACAUAAAGAAGAUUUUGAUUUGGUUAUUAAGGAAGUAAUUAAAGCUUUAAAUAUUAUUAGGCAUUCAGAAAAGAACCAUUUUUCAGAAAAUGGGAUAUUCACCAAAGAUUUGGAUUAUUUGUUAUGGUCACCAGCUAAAAAUGGGUCAUCUUCACUGGUAUCUAAAUUUUCAUACUUUAAAAUACAAAAAAUAUUGGUUGAAAUAGAUAAACAGUUGGAAUACGAGUUUAUAGAUAAAUCAGGAAUAAUUCCAGACGAUAAUCCAUCUCAUCCAAAAAAUAGCGGGAUCCAAGACAAUGCAAUCGACUUAGUGAAGUUGAAAUCAGGAGAAGAAAUAGCUAUUAGUUGGUACGACAUAUCUCAUCAAACUCAAGUCUUGUCCUUUCUACUUAUUGUACUGUUGAAACUACUGGGCAUUCCAAAAGAAUCUAUCAUUAUUCAAGAAGUUGUGAGAAAAAUUACCGGAUUUUUUAAAUUUUUGGAUAGUGAUGCACCACCACAAAAUUCAAGAACAUGUUAUUCCAAUUUUGCUAUAUUGGUUGCCGGGCUAAAUGCUGUGGACGAAAAAACAAGAGAUAUAAUCAAACAAUAUUAUGAGUUGAAUGGUAAAAAAUUUCAGAGAUUGACAAAACAUAAUUUGAAUAGGUUGGAAAAAGUUUGGUACGGGAAAAAUGAAUCCAGCAAAUAUAACUUGGAAGAUCAAGAUGUUUUAACAUGGUGA